UCACGUGGUGGGCGGGGCGGCCCGCGGCGCGGUGAGGAGGGGCCGCGCGGGGCCGGGGGCGCGCAGAGCGUCCAGACCGCCCAGAUCGCCGCCAUGUUCGGGGGGCUCGGCAGGUGCUUCGAGGAGGAUCCCUUCUUCAGGGAUCCCUUUGCUGCCCACCAUGAGCACAUGAGGCAGAUGAUGAGGAGCUUCUCGGAGCCCUUCGGGAGGGAGCCAUUCCCGAGCCUUCCAGAGGGCAGGGACAGAGGGGAGCGAGCACUGGAGCGGAGAGCGCGCCCGGACUCGCGGCUGGCACCGCGCGGGAACCGCAGGGCAACAAGCUACUCCCUCAUGCCCUUUGCAGGCUUUGGGAUAGGGGACGCAGAUUUUGGGGAUCCAUUUUCUGCCAUGGACAGGAUGAUGUCAAACAUGAGGAACAAUAUGCUGGAAAUGCACAGGAAAUUUGAUGACCUGUCCAUGAACCCCGAUGGACACACGUUCAGCUCCUCCUCCAUGAUGACUUAUUCCAAAGUGGGGGAUGAACCUCCAAAGGUUUUCCAAGCCUCGGCCCAGACUCGCACGGCCCCGGGAGGUGUUAAGGAGACAAGAAAAGCACUUAAGGAUUCUGAGAGUGGCCUGGAACAAAUGGCCAUUGGCCACCACCUCCAGGAUCGGGCUCAUGUCAUCAAAAAAUCCAAGAACUGCAAGACGGGGGAUGAGGAGAUGAACCAAGAAUUCAUCAACCUGGAUGAAAAUGAGGCCGAGAGCUUUGAUGAGGAGUGGCAGAAGGAGGUCAUGAAGUUCAGGCCAUCCAGAACUAGAAGCUCUUUAGAUGCUCCAAAAUCCAGAAGUAUCAAUUACAAGGAGAAUGGAUCAAAAAGAGAGAAGCUACUUGGAACUGGAGGUUCCAGGGUGCCCAAAGAUUCCUUGGAGUCUCUCAGUGUGAGAGGAACACACGUCCCCCUCAACAGAAGCAGCAGGAAAUAAGUGGCCCCAUUCCCCCGGGAUGGAGUUUAUGGUGCUCAUGUCCAGACAAAUACACGGGAUAUGUGACCAAGCUCUGUUUGUGUUGUGCCUUUGCUCCUCCUGGAUGUUCCUCAACCUUCAGCUCCUCAGUUAAACCCUCUCCUUUCAGUGAACUAAAAACCCACCAACUUUCUGCCUAAAAGCACUUUAUGGAUUGUCACCAAUUCUGUUAAAAAAAAGCAUUGAUUGGUGAAGUUUUUCUGCUACAACUGCACCAGUCUCAGACUUUAUCAAGCCUGGCAGUGCAGCUACUUUUCCCCACUCUAUAAGUUGCACAGGAAAUAAAUUCUCUUCAGUUUGUGUGGCUGAAA